AUGGUCACGGCCGAGGACCGGGAAUGGCUCAAGCGCGAGCGGCAUCGUCUCCUGCAGGAGCAGGCCAAGAGGGAUGAACCUAAAAGGACUGGAUUUAUGAGCUCGCCUUCAGCCGCGGAAUUCGCCCGCUCCCCGCAGCGCGCCGUCCCGCGCAGCGGCGGUAAAACAAUGACCCGAGAGCCAACGCCUAGCACCCGAAACAUUUCUGGUGGGCACUACUACGCGCCGGGCAGUCCCUCUCCCGCUAUGGUUGGCGGCUCUCCCGCUUUGGCUGGCGGCUCCCCCUCUAUGGCUGGCUCUCCUGCCACGGCUGGACCUGCCGCCACGGCUGGACCUGCCGGGGGCUUCGCGACGGCUCUCGAGAAAGACAAGGUCUUGACCAACAGUUCUGGUGUGAGUUCGCCGCCAGUACGGCCUACGCGGAAGAACGGCGACGUGGGUUCUCGGCGGCGACCGGCGCGACCCAGCGACCGAUCUCCGGACAUCGCCUCUGUCGAAAAGGUAUCGGUAGACCUGCGGGCAGAUCCGCGGGGUGACCUAAGGCUUGACGCUCGAAUAGACCCUCGAGUGGACUUGCGGGAAAGAUUGCUUCCGAGUCCGGUUGCGUCUCAGUCGCCCAAAGAGGCGCGUCAGUCCAAUGGCACCGCGGCGCGUGCCUCGCCGGGACGCAGCUCCGCCAGCCACACCCUGCGUCCCGUAGACCGCAUAGGGGAGCGGACCGGACCGGGGGAUCGCACCACUGGGUCACCCGGGGAUCGGACCGGGUCGGGUAAUCGCCCUGGGUCGGGUAAUCGGCCGGACCCAGCACGGUCGGACCCCGCUCUGUCGUUAGAGAGCAAGAAGCGGGCAGCGGCAGGCGAAAAUAGCCGAACGAGGCUGGCGGAACGCGAGAAAGCGGAGACCGACAUGCGGUCGCCCAAAGCCGGCUCUGGACGUGGGGAUCAUGGUGGUCCUGGUCGUGGUUCGGGUGAGGUGGAGGACCAGGCAUCUAGUGGACGACAUCGUGGCGUAGGUUUGAAACGGCAGCCAACGGUGGAGAGCCGCAACGCAUCGGGGGUGCCGAGUUCGAGCUCAUCGCGACUGCGGGAGCGUGUGGAGGAGACGGUGGAAGCAACUUCGAGUGAUUCUAAGGACGUCCCGAUUUCGCCGGAGUCAGCGACCGGACGCGAUGCCGGCAAUCAAGAAGGGCGGGUCAGAGGCGGUCCUCCGACGGCGUCGAAUAACUUGCUCGAAAUGCGCUCGGUUGACUACCAUGUGAGUGCCUCCAUGAGCGUCGCCUCGCGUCUUACUGACUGCCCCGUCCCGAAUCGUCGGAGUGCACUCGCCGCGACCUUCACCGGCUCUGUUGGCGGCAACGGAGUAGGGGCCGGAUACGCCUCGGGAGUAGGGGCCUACACCUCCGGGAGUGCGUAUGCCGCGGGCGACUUGCGAAGUUUGGUGCGGCAUCCGGAGUCACGUGGCGCAGAGUCACGUGGAGCAGAGUCACGUGGAGCAGAGUCACGUGGAGCGGAGUCUCGAACUCAGGAGCCGCAUAGCGUGGAGGCGGCGAGCCUGGACACGUCCGCGGAGGACUUCGGAUCGGGUCGACGGGGCGAGCCGCAACGGCGACGACGUAUCGUGCAGCCGACAGUUCAGAUGGAAUUGUUGGCACCGGGACGGUUGCGGAAGCCGCGGACAAUCGGGGAGCGACCGACGAUGAAGGCGGUGGCGGGUGCGAAGCCAGGGGCAUUGCUCGAGCAGCGCUUUACGGAGGCGCCGCAGACGCUUCGGGCGACUGAGGGUGCGUGUCCAGUCGCAUUCGAACAACGAGUCGCUGAAGCCGCCCGUCGAGACUGGACCGCGCGACAUCUCCUUACCAAACCGCAUUUGGGCGACCCCCGACUGGGCGACUGCCGGCUGGGGGACCCCCGACGGGGGGACCCGCGGUUGGGCGACCCCCGACUUCAAGACGCACGGCUGGGGGACCGGCUGCCGAGUCUUGAGUCGGAACAGCCGCGCCAGGCGCAUGGGCGCUCCAGCGGCGCUGCGAACGGUUCGGGUUUGCUGGCCGCGGGCUUUAGUGCCAGUCUGGGCGCUGGACUGGGGCAGUUCCCGGGCGCAGCGCUGGCCCAGGCAAGCACUGGCAAUUCACCGACCGCGGUGGCCCCCGGUGCGGUCUCUGGCGGGGGAGUGGUUCCUGGUGGGGGAAUGGUUCCUGGUGGGGGAAUGGUUCCUGGUGGGGGAGUGGUCUCUGAUAGGGGUGUGGUAGGCGCGUUGGCGAGCCGGCGACGCUCGGACCUUUUAUCAAAGGUGAUUCGCGAGAUCGGGUCGGCCAGUGUGUUAGACUAUGCGGAUUUGGAGCUCAUUACGACGAGUGGUCGCGGGAUCGCGCUGCGUGACUACGCCGGGAACCCGGAGGAACUGCUGCCCACGUCCUUCCGCAUCAACUCGGGCACCUUCUGCAGCGUGUACCUCGGAAGACUUUAUGGCCGUGAUGUGGCGGUGAAGUGCCCCCAUAAGAAGCUGCUCCAAACCGACCCUGGUAUGAUGGUCCAUCGCGCGCUGGCUGAGUGGAAGAUCCUCGCGCAGAUAGACGACCCGCACAUCGUCCAACUGCUCGGCGGCAUUGUGCUCAACGGCGACACUGUGUGGUUGGUUACCGAGUUCGUGCACGGCGGAGACGUCUACAACUUGUUGUACCACAAGCCGGUGCGGUUGUCUGGCGCGCGUCGGUUGCGUUUGAUGGAGCAGUUGGCGGAGGGGUUGGCCUAUUUGCACGCUCGGCGUGUGGCGCACAAGGACAUAAAGUGCAAUAAUUUGUUGGUGACCGCGGGAGACGUGUUGAAGAUUUGCGACUUUGGAGAUGCGGAGGUAUUGACUCAGAGGUACUUACAAUGUUGCACGGCGGCUACGUGGCAAUAUGUGUCUCCAGAGUUGGUAUGUUCGGAGGAUGCUGCGCGUCCUGUAGGUGCUACAGAGUUGGUAGAUGUGUGGGCAAUGGGUUGCGUGUAUUUGGAGAUGCUAUGUUGUCCUACGCCGUUUUACCAUUUGCUGGAUGGUGUGCCAGAGAGUAUGCAACGAGAGGAGCUAAGGGCGCAUUACUUGUGUGGACGAUUGAAGCGUGAGAUACGCAUUCCUCGUCACCUACCAGCCAAGUUACAUGCCAUCUUAUCGGCCUGUCUUCAGUUCGAUGCCAAUCGACGAUGCUCCAGUCAGGAGGUUGUCAACUACAUUAAAGCACAGCGUUGUCUACUACAACAUGAUCUCGAACUCUGGCUCGAUCGUACCGCCGCCACUACACUGGCACCCCAAACCAAGAAAAACACCCCUAACAAAACGGGCAAAUCCCCACAACCUAUCUGGCCAAUCGCAACAGCCACCGGAACAAACGGGAGUCCAAGGGCAGCCAUGCUCAACGCCAGAGCUGCGCUCCUCACCAGAUGGUAA